CUGAAUCCAAAAUUGAACUCAAGACAAUUAGUUUUCCUAACUUCAGGCCCAACAUUCUCUCCAAUGGCAUUAUUAGCUGUUCAAUGCCUUUGGUAGUAUGAUGAAAUCUAUUGACUCUUUCUUUAAAGAGUCUUUAAAUAAAAUAAGAGCCUUUAAAUUGAAGAGACUUUAAAUAAUGUAUUUGAAGGCAUAAAACAAGAUAUAUAGGCAUAAAAAGUAAACCAACUAUAUUUAAAAUAAUUAUCAACAAUUGUUUUAAGUUACUGAUUUCAGAUCAGUUCUUGGAUCUAAAACAUGCAAUCAUACACCUUUGUAAAUUAAUCUAAGAUUUUCAAAGCACUUUCCCCAUAAAAACUCUGUUAGGUAAAUAGUAUGAAUCCUGUAUUUAUAUUCCUAUAUUAUAAUUGAGAACAAUGAGACUUAGCUAGAUUAAAUGGCUUCAUCAUAGCUUCACAAUUAUUAAGUGUCAGAGUUAAAAUAUGAACCCAGAUUUUCUAACCAGAUGUUAUUAAACUACCCAUAAUUGAUGAUUGCCUGUUUUUCUUGCAUGAUUAGGUUCAAAAAUCUGGUGAUGGAAGGUUAUCUAGAGAUCACCUGGUCUAACUCCCUCAUUUCAUAGUUGAGAAGUGAGACACAAUAAGAUUAAAUAAUUUUUAUAAAAGUCUCAGUCUUAGAAAUAGGAAAUGUCAAUUAAUUUAUUGAAUUAUUAAUUAAUUUAUUGUGACCUGAGUGAAAAGGGGGGAAAAUCUCCUGAGGAACUCAUGGUUCAGGUGCCCACCCUUGCAUUCUACCUAUAAAUUCAUUGCACUCAGUUUGCUCAGGAGUAAGAAUAACUAUAAAUGGCUAAAAACCUCAGUCUUAGUGCUCACUGUUUAUCACUCAAAAAAUAGGUCUUCUAAAUGGCCCUUUGGGUCAAGAAGGGACAGCACACUUGGGUUUUUGUAUACUCUGAGUGAGAGACCAAGACAGAAACAGACAGAGAAUAAUGUUUCAAUUAUACUUCAAUAAGGCAAAGAGAGAAUAUAGACAUGGGAUGGUAGUUGAAGCUAGGCAGCACUAGGAAGAGAAUGAACAAGGGGAGAGGAAGGGAAAGAGAGAGUAUCUACAUAACCACAGAUUGAAAUUGGGAGGAUUUGAAUAGCAUAGAGUUUUACAAAGGAUUCUUACUCCAAAGUCAAAGGUUCAUUGCCUUUUUGUUUUGUUUUAUUUUGAGACCCUUUAGGUUUUUUCUUCAAUGAUUCAUUCUAAUGCUUUCAUUUUUCUGAUACUCGUGAAUGCUUUUUAUACUUAUAAGGAGGUUAUGGAGCAGGCGUGUGCUUCUAGACAAAUGUUUCAAUAAUCAAUUCUCUGGGAGAAAAUGUACUUUUUAAAAUAUAUUCUCCAUUACUUUCUUAAAUCUAAUCAACAAAAUAACAAAUUAGCUCUUUUGCUGAUUGUUUGAGUUAUAAAUACUCACAAUGAAAAUUUAAGUCUACUCUCCUGAACCAAAAUAACUAAAAAUACAGUCAUUCCAACAUAUGCCUGGUAUGCAAGUAAGAGGUACAUAUAAUCUAUGGUUUGAAGUCAUCUGAGAAAUCAUCAUAUUCAACAUAUGCCACUUUGUGUGGUACAGCAAGUCCUAACUCAAAAUGACUACUCAGAGAUUUCUCAAAGAGAACAGUAGCUUUAUUAGAAUCUUGGGAAAAGCAGCCGCUCCACUCACUGCCUUGGGUGCAACCAUCAGUGUGAUUAUUGAUAUCAAUAUAAACCUUUCAGUUAUUGUUUCUGCCUUGAUUGCAAUUCUGUAUACCCUGGUGGGUGGACUCUACUCAGUUGCCUACACUGGUGUUGUCCAACUCUUCUGCAUUUUCUUGGGACUGUGGAUCAGCAUACCUUUUGCGAUGUCACAUCAUGCUGUUGCAGACAUUAGAUUUACUGCUGUGCAUGAACUUUUCCAGGAACCUUGGUUAGGAUCUCUUAAAUCAAAUGAAGUAUACACUUGGAUUGAUAAUUUUCUUUUACUGAUGUUGGGAGGGAUUCCAUGGCAAACCUAUUUUCAAAGAGUUCUGUCAUCAUCUUCAGCAACCUAUGCUCAGAUUCUAUCCUUUUUGGCAGCUUUUGGGUGUCUACUGAUUGCCUUCCCUGCAAUCCUUAUUGGUGCAAUUGGAGCAUCAACAGAUUGGAAUAAGACUACAUAUGGUCUUCCACACCCCAUAGAAAGGGAAGAAGCAAAUAUGAUUUUACCCAUUGUGCUGCAGUAUCUCUGUCCAGUAUACAUUUCUUUCUUUGGCCUGGGUGCAGUAUCAGCUGCUGUAAUGUCAUCUGCAGAUUCUUCUAUCCUAUCAGCAAGUUCAAUGUUUGCUCGAAAUAUCUACCAACUAUCAUUCAGACAAAAUGCAUCUGAUAGGGAAAUCGUCUGGGUUAUAAGAAUCACUGUGUUUCUUUUUGGAGCAGCAGCUACUGCAAUGGCCCUGUUAACCAAAUCUGUUUAUGGACUCUGGUAUCUCAGUUCUGACCUUGUUUACAUAAUAAUCUUUCCUCACCUCUUGUGUGUGCUCUUUAUUAAGGGAACCAAUACAUAUGGUGCCUUGAUAGGAUAUGUGCUUGGUCUCAUAUUCAGAAUAACUGGAGGAGAGCCAUAUCUUUACCUGCAGCCAUUGAUCUUAUAUCCUGGUCAUUACCGUGAUGAAGAUGGCAUUUAUCGCCAGAGGUUUCCAUUUAAAACAUUUGCUAUGUCCAUCUCCUUCUUGACCAAUAUCUUUGUCUCUUACCUCGCCAAAUACCUCUUUGAAAGUGGAAUCCUGCCUUCCAGAUUAGACUUCCUUGAUGCUGGAGUUGCCAGUCACAGUGAAGAGAAUGACAAGACAAUUCUGGUCAAAAAUGAAAAUAUUAAAUUAGAUGAGCUUGCACCUGUAAAGCGUCGGCAGAGUUUGACUCUCAGCUCAACUUUUACAAAUAAAGAGGCCCUUCUUGACACUGCAUCCAGCCCAGAAGGGUCCAAUACUGAAGAUAACUUACAAUGACUCCAAUGAAAUGAAAUACUGUUUCCCUUACCAUACAGGAUAUUGCAAUCACAUAGCCAACAUAGGAUGAUAUGCAGCAUUUAAGGAAAAAGAUUAAGUAUAAGUAAUUCUUCAGGACAUUGUGUAACCAGAGUUAAAUACCACUGCACCAAUCCAAGCUACAUCAAGAGGGAUGAGUGGCAGCCUUCUGUGAAAUCAAUGUUUACAUUUGACUGCCACAUACAUUUCUAGAUAAUUUUACAAAUUUCCGGGAAUAAAAUCAUAUUCUAUUGAAAGAGAUAGCAGCAAGGGGUUUGAAGAAUGUUUUUCAAAAUGUAUGUAUUCUGCAGGGUCCGUAGGGGGAGUAGAUGUUUACAAUUAGAGAAGCAGCUGGAAGAAAAUUGAUGAUCUCAAUCAAAGUUUUGGGAGAAAAUGACCCAUUCAGAAAAAUAAGUAGCCAUUAUUUUACACUAAGCGAACAGCCUUUUUAUAUCAAAAAGGUAUAGUGAAUUAGCCACUAAAUUGUUCUUGAAAUGAUAUUUCAGAAAAUUCUAUAAUUUCUAUUCAAAAUAGAAGAUUGAAAGUCUAUUAGCUACAUAACAUAGUUGUCUUUUUUCAUUUGAGGAUUUUCACAGUAAUGGCUGCUAACCUUUUGUUCUGAGCCCAGACUCCAGAUAUAAAUUCAUGACUAUCUUUAAGAAGGUGUUUUCUCUGGGAAAAUAUUUUUACAGUCAAAGAUUCUGAUAAAGGCCUCAUUUCCAAAAUAUAUAGAGAAUUAACCCUAAUU